AUGGUAGGUCUUUUCGUUGAAAUCCUUCACAAAUCUGUAGCCAAUUUAUCGAUUUCUUCAACUCAAGCUUCAUCAAUCAUCCAUCCAGCGUUCCCGUUGACUUUCCCACCGGAUAAGUAUCAUUUUUGUAAAAUUCCAGCGACGAGUUGGGCAAAGAAUCGAGCCGCUCAAAAGGUCUUCCUCCUCAUUUUCUCCAUCCAAUUCAUCAUCGUCGACAUGGUGUUUUGGCUCAAUUACAACCUCGGCGAGAUUGAAGAAUCAUUGCAAGGAUAUUUCUCAAUAAGUCCAUUGGAAUUAGUGCACGAAGUGUUGGGCACAAUUGUCCCCCUUUCAUACAUCGUUUUCUGUAUCAUUUUGAUGAACGCUGUCAUCUUCAAGCGAAGAAACUUGCUGAUGGCUUUUAUGGUUUUCUUGGUGAUCUCAAUCAUUUUGACAGUGCUUCACAUAAUCUACCAUAUUCUCGACAAAUAUCAUCAACAAAAACAUCCACUUUACACUUCGAUGCUCAUUUGUUUCUAUGAAUUGAUCAAUCAUUUUUACUUGGCUAAAAUGACGUUUUUCUUUCAAUUUAUUUUAGCUAACGCUGUCUUUUUAUUGCUUAAGGCAAACGGCGUUGAUUUGGGAUGUAUGAAUCUUUGCAUGAACAAAAUUGGCUGGGGGAACUUUGAUUUGCUGAACUACGGAUGUUUUUGUGGUCCAUUCCGGGGUCAGAUUGGUAUGGAGGCACAAAAUGACUUUGAUGGAUGUUGCAAAGUACACGACGAUUGCUAUAGUCGGGCACAAGCAGGGGACUGUUCAAACGACAAUCUAUACACUACACCAUAUCGCUGGCAAUGUGUUAACAAUAAGCCGUCUUGUGAUCCUGACAACGACAAAUGUAAAAUGGCAUUGUGUCAAUGCGACAAAGUGUUCGUCGAAUGUUUGUCAAAUCAUUUGGAUCAAUUGCACAAAAAUCCCGGAUGCCCUUCACAACGCAAGCUAAAAAGCUUCGAUUUGUGGGAGACUAUUAGCAAAGGUUUGGAAGAAGGAGCGUGUGGCCUAAACCAGUUUAUUGGA